ACUUAUUAAAUAGAUGUGUAUGUAAAUGCCUGGAAAGAAAAGUGGGAAUGUUUCCAGUGAUGAGGAGGGAGGGGGAGACGGGGAUUCGAACUCACUCAACAACACAAUCACGGCAGAUACUGUAGAUAGUACUAACAAGGAUCGAAGUGGGAGUAAAAUCAACACAAAUUCAACAAAACAACAACAGAAUCAGUUUAAUUUUGAUGAGCAGAUGAAAAGUACGAAGGGGUGUAUGCACUCACUGGAGCAGCUCAGAUCACAGCAUGAACAGAUGUUGAAUGGAUUACAGCAGAGCAAACAACUCAAACAACAGGAUGAAAAUGAAACAAAUUCCAAAUACAAGGCAAUUGAGUUGUCAAAGCAGAGAAUAGAAAGUGGACUAGCCGACGCACAGUUUAUGAUCCAAGCCAAUGCCUACAUUAAACAACUAGAAGGUGAAAGACGUUUAUUACAUGCCCAAGUGAAACGACUAUGUCAAGAAAAUGCAUGGUUGAGAGAGGAGCUAAAUGCAGCACAUCAGAAAUCACAAGAGAAUGAUCAAGCAAUAGCGGCAUUAGAAGUUGAAAAGCAGCAUUUGGAGUUUUUGAACUCAUUGAAGAAGUUCGAAAACCCAGACAGUGAAGAAGUAAAUAAAAAUAGUGGUUCGCCCGAGAAUGGCAAAGGAGCGAAGGAUGAUCUUGGCCUGGACAUCGGAGAUCUUGAAGACGCCAGAGACUCAGCAUCAGACAUGCCAGGAGACCAGGUGUCGGCAGCUGAUGCUGGAUAUGGGGCUGGCAACGAUGUCCCCUCCAAAUUGCGUACUCUUCACAAUCUGGUCAUUCAGUACGCGGGACAGAAAAGAUACGAGGUGGCGAUUCCUCUCUGCAAACAGGCUCUGGAAGAUCUGGAGGCAAAUCUGGGUCAUAAUCAUCCGGAUGUGGCCACCAUGCUCAAUAUUUUGGCACUCGUCUACAGAGACCAAGGCAAAUUCCGCGAGGCCUCCCAGUUGUUGCAGGAUGCACUGGCCAUAAGAGAGUCCACGAUGGGCAGAGACCACCCCUCUGUGGCAGCCACACUCAACAAUCUCGCUGUCCUUUUCGGGCGCAGGGGAAGGUAUAGAGAUGCAGAACCCCUGUGUAAGCGUGCUCUGGAGAUCAGAGAGAAGGCACUGGGUCCCAACCACCCGGAUGUUGCCAAACAACUCAACAAUCUCGCCCUCCUCUGCCAGAACCAGAACAAAUACGACGAGGUUGAGGCCUACUACAAACGUGCCCAACAGAUCUAUGAGGAGAGAUUGGGAGCCGACGAUACUAAUGUGGCGAAAACGAAAAACAACCUUGCUGCCGCGUAUGUGAAGCAGAACAAAUUCAACGAGGCAGAAGCCCUCUUCAAAGAAGUGCUCAGAACAGCUUUUAAAUUCCCCACGAAUUCAAGUGGAGAAACUUCCCACAGCAGUAAUGCCUCCACCCCAAUGGAAGAUCCAGGACAGUGGCACAAACUCACACCCAUAGACAGUCCAACGGUGAGCAGCACCCUCAAAAACCUCUCCUCGCUCUAUCGUCGACAGGGGAAGACAGAAGCAGCUGAUGUGUUGGAGGAGUUCUCAGCCAGAACCAAAAACAACAACAGCAAAUUAGACGAGGAAAGAAGGAACGUAUUAAGAAAGAUCCUGGACUCCAGUGGUCAUGAGGUGCCCCCUGGAAGUUCCAGAAGUGGAGCAGGAGGAGGUGGUCACGUGAUGAACGGGAGUGGGGUUGGGUUUGGGGGAGGGGGAGGGGCAUAUGUGGGCGGAGGUAUGAUACAGCAUCCUGGGGAUCGGAUUGGAAAUGCGGGAGACCCAGGAUACGUUUAUAAUGGGAAUGGAGACGGUUCCAUGUACAGAGCGGGAUCGCUGACUAAGCUGAGACAGAGUCUUCAAAAGAGCAGCAACAAACUGUUCAAGGCAUUCGGCAGACAGGGACAACCACACACCCCCAAUUCACCCCACACUGGGGGAGGGGGAGGGUUCAUGAUGACUCCCACGCAGGGCGGAAUGAAGAGAGCAAGUUCGUUGUCUGUGUUGACGACAUCCAACAGUAGUAGUAGUAACAGUACUCACAAUACAGACAGAUCCUCACAGGCCCAAAACUACCAGCGGAGAGAAACUACCGAUUCACAAAUGAGUCUGAACUCAGCGUCAAGUCAACGUCUUUCAUAUGGGGAAAUGAACCCGUUUGACCUACAUGUAUUACGACAGCAGAACCCAAAUUACAACAACUUCUACAAUUCGGGUAGAAUGAACUACCCGCCGAAUGAUCUGAGAGCUAACUUAGCGUCGCCCCCACCGUCUGAUUAUGUAAUGGGGGGACGGGGUCAACGUUUCUUCCCCGUGAAUGGUGGUGGGGGUGUUAGAAGUAAUAGAAGUAGUUACCCUCGACGGAUUUCGGUAACAGCGGAAUCAAGUCCGGUUUUCGUGAACCGAAAUAACGCCGACAUGGGCGGGAAUCGAAGACCAAUUAGUUCCAUGGCAAACUAUGGAAUUGUCAAUAAUGGAGUCCAGAACAAUCAGAACAUGCUUCCGAUUCCAUUGAGUAGUUUAAAUCGGAAGGAGAGUUCAAUGCGAUCGGCGUCGUCGGGGUCUUCGGUACACUCCGAGAGCACGGCGUCUAUCGGAACGACCGAAACGUCGGAAGUUGCGUCGCGAGAAUCAUUUGACCAACAGCAGUAUGCGACGAUUACGAGACGAAGACAAGAAAGCGUGGAUAGUCCAAGAAGCGAUGGUGUGUCUAGAAAUGCUGUUAAAAAUCCAGAUAUAAACCAGAAAACGCCGCUGUCAAAGAGGCGCAAUUCAACUUCGGUCAAUAAUAUGAACGAAUCAAGACGAAGCAUGAGUGUCCUAUUAUGAAAAUUGAAAGUGAAAGUUCAUUAAACCGAAAAAUCAUUUAAAAGAACAAUUCGGUCGAACAUAAUUUGAAAGCAGCUAAUUCUACUCGACCAAAGCGAAGAAGUUCAAUUUCACGCCACUUUUCCAGACUUAGAAAUAGUCC